AUGGAAAUCGUGGGUGCAUUUGUUGCUGAAGUUACUCAAUGUAUGUCCAUCUUUCUUUUUAGAAAGAUUUCCACCCUUGUAAGUCUCCAUGGUAAUAUGAAAUCACUGCAGAGUGAAAUACAAAAACUCAUUAGCCGAAAGAACGAGUUAGAAGAAGAUAUUAGGCUAGCCAUAACAGAAGGGAAGAAUCCAACAUCGCAAGCUUUGAAUUGGAUAAAAAGGGUGGAGGAAAUUGAGCAUGAUGUGCAGUUGAUGAUGGAGGAUGCUGGCAAUUCUUCUGUCUGCGGAAGCAAUCUAGACUGUUGCAUGCAUUCCGGUCUUCGACUCAGAAAAACGGCGAAAAAGAAGUGUGGAGAGGUUAAACAACUUCUUAUUGAUUCAUGCACUUUGCAUAUCAUGGUGCUUGACAGAAAGCCUCCAAUAAAACCAGUGGAAAAUAUGACAGCACCAUCUCUUGCAGGUCAGAAAGCAGCAGAAGAAAUGUUAGAGGAGCUUCUGCGAUGCUUGAAAGAUGGUGCCAUCAAAAGGAUUGCUGUAUGGGGGAUGGGGGGAAUCGGAAAGACUACACUAGUAAAAAACUUCAAUAACCUUCUUGAGUCCCCUCCCUUGAUGCAGUCAUUCGACGUAGUCAUUUGGGUCACAGUUUCGAAGGACUUGGACUUGAGAAGGGUUCAAUCUCGAAUUGCUGAGAGAUUGAAUUUAGAAUUUGACGUUGGAGAGAGCACAGAAGGAAGAGCUAUAAAACUGCAUGAAACUUUGAUGAAGACGAGGUUUCUUCUCAUUCUUGAUGAUGUCUGGGAGAAACUUGAUCUGGACAUUGUGGGUAUUCCACAAGAUGAUGAACAUGCCAAGUGCAAGAUACUAUUGACAACAAGAAAUCUUGAUGUGUGCAGGGGAAUGAUGACCACUGUAAACAUCAAAAUGGAUGUUUUGAAUGAAGCAGCAGCUUGGAAUUUGUUUGCAGAAAGCGCAGGAGAUGUGGUUGAGUUGGAAGUAAUAAAUCCUCUAGCAAGAGCAAUAGCUAGAAGAUGUUGCGGGUUGCCAUUGGCAAUCAAGACCAUGGGGAGUUCGAUGAGGAAAAAAAACAUGAUUGAGCUCUGGGAGAACGUGCUUUGCCAAUUGCAACAUUCAACGCUUCAUGUCAGAAGUGUUAUGGAAGAAGUUUAUCUGCCAUUGAAUCUGAGUUACAUCUCGUUACCAAGUAAGAUUCAUCGGUGGUGCUUUUUGUACUGCUCUUUAUACCCAGAAAACUUUUCAAUUGAAGCAAAUGAACUGAUACAAUGCUGGAUUGCUGAUGGCUUAAUCGAUGACCAUCAAACUCUUGAGCAGUCAUUCAAUUAUGGGAUUUCUUUGAUUGAAAAUUUGAAGGAUUCUUGCAUGCUAGAACAAGGUGAAGGCGUUGGAACUGUAAGGAUGCAUGGUUUGGCGAGGGAUAUGGCCAUAUGGAUUUCAAUAGAAACAGGAUUCUUUUGCCAAGCAGGUACUUCAGUGUCUGUCAUACCACAGAAGUUGCAGAAAUCUCUCACAAGGAUUUCAUUUAUGAACUGCAACAUUACAAGGAUUCCUAGCCAACUGUUUAGAUGCUCCAGGAUGACCGUGUUACUUCUCCAGGGCAAUCCUCUAGAGAAAAUACCUGAUAACUUAUUUCAAGAAGUAAGAGCACUUAGAGUCCUGAAUUUAAGUGGCACUCUAAUUAAAUCAUUGCCUUCUACCCUACUUCAUCUAGUCCAGCUCAGGGCCUUUCUUGUAAGAGACUGUUGUUAUCUAGAAAAACUACCCCUAUUUGGAGAUCUUUGCGAACUCCAAAUGCUUGAUCUCUCUGGCACACGGCUGCGAGAACUACCCUGGAAAAGGGGUAUGCUUGGUAAUCUCAGAUAUUUGAACUUGUCUCACACCCUUUACUUAGAAAACAUCGAAACUGGAACACUUCGGGGAUUAUCUAGCCUUGAGGCCUUGGACAUGUCUUCCAGUGCAUAUAAAUGGGAUGCUACGGGUAACGUAGGAGAACCAAGAGCAGCAUUUGACGAGUUACUAUCGUUGCAGAAACUUUCAGUUCUUCACUUGAGGCUAGACUCUGCCAAUUGCCUUACCCUAGAAAGUGACUGGUUGAAACGUUUGAGGAAGUUCAACAUAAGGAUUAGUCCAAGGAGCUGUCAUUCAAAUUAUCUGCCUACUCAACAUGAUGAGAAGAGGGUCAUUCUUAGAGGGGUUGAUCUGAUGACAGGAGGGCUCGAAGGAUUAUUCUGCAAUGCAAGUGCACUGGACCUUGUAAAUUGUGGAGGCAUGGAUAAUUUAUCUGAAGUAGUUGUCAGGCAUAAUUUGCAUGGCCUAUCAGGCUUAAAGUCUCUGACGAUAUCAAGUUGUGAUUGGAUCACAAGUCUGAUAAAUGGGGAGACUAUCCUGAGAAGCAUGUUACCUAAUUUGGAGCAUUUGAAACUUAGACGCUUGAAAAAUCUGUCAGCUAUUUUGGAAGGAAUUGUCCCUAAAAGAGGCUGCCUCGGCAUGUUGAAGACUUUAGAAGUGGUAGAUUGCGGAAGACUGGAGAAGCAGCUGAUAUCCUUCUCUUUUCUUCGACAGCUAAAAAACCUUGAAGAGAUUAAGGUAGGUGAAUGCAGAAGGAUCAAACGUCUUAUAGCUGGAUCUGCGUCUAAUUCAGAGCUUCCAAAGUUAAAAAUAAUAGAAAUGUGGGAUAUGGUCAAUCUGAAGGGUGUCUGCACAAGAACAGUACAUUUGCCGGUUCUGGAGAGGAUUGGGGUGAGCAACUGCUCAUUGUUGAUGAAGCUUCCUAUCACAGCCUACAACGCUGCAGCUAUUAAAGAAAUAAGAGGAGAGCUGGAAUGGUGGAAUAAUAUCACAUGGCAAGAUUAUGAGAUUAAAUCGCUUGUUCAGCGACGAUUCCAAGCAUGUGCAGUCUCAACAUCACUCGGAAAAGAAGAGAGGGCUGAAGAACCAGAAACACCCGAGAGAAGUUGGUAA